AUGAGCCGCGCAGCAGCCGGCGCCGCUGCCGGCGUAGCGGUAAUGGGCCUCUUUUCCUCCGCUCUUUCGACAGGAAACCGUCCUGCAUCUCUCGACUACAUUUUUCAGCGCAUUCGCCUGAAUCUGGUCCCGUUAAACGCCCAGGACAUCUACCAAAUAUGCACUGUCGUGUACAGCAAUGACACGCUCGGCGUCCUGAGUGACGCGGAGCUGAUGCGCGGCAUUGCUGACGCGUUUCAACGAUCGGAUCAACGUGUGCUCAAUCCGUUUCAGGCCAGCCUUGUCAUGGAUACGCUGCGACGUGCUGGGAUCAACGCAUCGCCCAAGGAGGUAAUGCUGCCAGAGGAGGAGGCGAUUUCUCCAGAGACGCUGCUUAACGUUCUGCGCGCCAUGAACGUGCACGGUGGCACGCGCGACGAGCGCAAGAUAGAUGAGGUGCUGAAGAAUAUACCUGCGGUACUGGACGAGUUCAGUCCCACCCAGCUGUCUCUUGCGCUGUGUGAGUUAGCGAAGCUGCGCUGCGUCAACGCCGAGGCCAUGAACCGAAUAGCGAAGCGGCUCUUUGAGAAGACAGAUGACUUGAGCGUCAUGGAGGUGUCGCUGACGACCUUCGCGCUUGCCAAGACCCGGGGGAUGCCGUACGCGACAGUGCGACGCGCCUUCGCACUGUCUGAGCAGCGGCUCGAGGAAUUUCAGCCGGAUGACUACGUUAACGUGCUGUUGGCGUUGCAAGUGGCAGGGAAGCAAUAUGGUCGCACAUUUGUGAAGCUUGUCGAGGCCGCGCUCGGCAAGGUGGAGAACUUGGACGCGGUAACAUUGACGGAGUUCCUGGUCACCUUCACCACUCUUGACUAUGGAAAGCGCGAGCACCUUGAGAUUUUCGCAGACGCUCUUGUGGACGUCGCGAGUGAUCUCGAUCAGCAGCAUCUGGUUCAGUCGCUUGUCGCCCUUCAGCGACUCGAUCUUCUUGACGAGGAGCUCUUCAGCGCGCUCGCCUCAUGCGUGAUGCGUUAUGCCAAAAAUCUGGAGCCUCGUUUGAUCGCACCUGUGAUGGACAUUUGCAGCGGCGUAUCCCAUAACACGGAUGGCCUGAUGCACGUGUUGCUUGAUCGUGCACUCGAAUGCACACGUAUGCUGCAUCCGAACGACCUUGCCGAUAUUCUGGAUAUUGUAGCGCUGUACCCAGGUGCUCGCGGCCAUGCAUUGGUGGAGGUCUUUGGUCGGCAGGCGCGGCUCCGGCUGGAACUCUUCAACCCUGUCGCCUUGGCCCGCGCAACACGGGGGCUUGCCCAUCUCGGCUACAGAGAUGUGGAUUACUACACGCAGGCUGCCGACACCGGGUUUCGCUUCGGGUUUAAGGAUUGGAGUUCCCUGGAGCCGAUCCUCAUGGGCAUGUGCUUCAAUGAAGAGGUGCCGGUGCGCACAGUCAAGGUGCUCGCCUCCUUCGUCUCGCAGAUGGCGAAGUCCAUGUCGCUGCAGGAGGUGGAGCGCGCGAAUCGGUAUCUGGUGCAGCUCAAGUGCGAGGAGAACCAUGUUUACCGCUCCCUGGCGAACCGCGUGAUGCACUUUGUGAAGGAGAUUACGCCUGACAUGCCACAGGAGCUUCAGGUAUUGGUGCAGCGAGGGGCAGUGAACCGGCUCAGUGAAGGUUGA